GGUGGGGUGGCGCUGAGAGAGCCGAACGAUCGAUUGGUGCGCGUAUGGGGCAGGCUGAGCUAGUGGAGCGCCGAGCAGGGAGAGUGCUCAGAGGGGGGGAACGGAAAUCGGCGGAACGAAUGUGCGCGGCCGCGGUGUUCCCACCCGGCCCCUGGGCAGUGCCGCGCUGAGGGACCAAGAUGGCGGCGCCCAGCGCCGAGGCGGCCGGGGGGGGUCGGGGUAGGCCGCCCGCCGUCACCCCGCAGCAGAUCCGAGACCUCAUUGAUGGGGGCAUCGCUCCUGAGGGCAGCGGGCCCGAAGGGAAGGACACGUCCGACUGGUCAGAAUCAGCUAAUGGAUCUUUGCAAAUUGAUGCCCUCUCCUUGGAGUCAACAAGCAAAGAAGCUUAUUUCAGCAGAGUAGAAACAUUCACUCCGUUGAAGUGGGCAGGCAAACCCCACGAGCUGUCUCCCCUGGUGUGUGCCAAGUACGGGUGGACCAACGUGGAAUGUGACAUGCUGAAGUGCUCCAGCUGCCAAGCCUUCCUCUGUGUCAGCCUGCAGCUCACCUUCGACGUCAACAAGUAUAAGGAGCGCUGCGUGGAGCUGAAGAAGUCCUUGUGCACCGCUCAUGAGAAGUUCUGCUUCUGGCCAGACAGCCCCUGCCCAGAUCGCUUUGCUCUUUUGCUGGUGGAUGAGCCCAGAGCCCUUCUCCAGGACUUUCUGGAGCGCUUCCAGAACCUGUGCCAGCUGGAGCUGCAGCUGCCCUCCCUCAGAGCAGAGGACAUGAAAAACAUGUCCCUCACAGAGGAGAAGAUCAGCCUGCUCCUCCAGCUGAUCAAGGAGGAACUCGAGCACGGGACGGAGGGAGAGAAACCAGCGAUGAAGUUUGCCUCAGAAAUCCUGCAGGUGCACAUUCCUGCCUGUGUCCUGGCUCUGUGCGGCUGGACCUGCAGCGCUGUGUCCGGCUCUGUGCUCUCAGUCAUCACGUGCUCUCGCUGCAUGAGGAAGGUGGGACUGUGGGGCUUCCACCAACUGGAAUCUGCGGGGCCGGAGCUGGACUCCUGGAGCCCGAACGCUGCUUCGACAGCACCUGGAGAGCGCGGCCCUCCCGUGCCCACAUCUCCACGCAGGAUGCUCACGCGGAGCCAAGACACGAUCUCACCGGGCUCUGAGCAGCAGGAGAAGAGCCCCUCCCCAUCCAUCUCUCGCCCGCGGGGUUCGGAUCCCCCCCUCAGCCCCAUGGAGCGAGGGAGCGAGCUGGAGGCCGCCAGCCCCACGCAGAGGAGCCGCCCCAUUACCCGCAGCAUGGGGCAGGGAGACAACAUGGAGGUGCCAUCCAGUCCCCUCCGCAGAGCCAAGCGGCCACGGCUCUGCUCUUCCAGCAGCUCGGACACUUCUCCAAGGAGUUUCUUUGACCCCAGCUCACAGCAUCGUGACUGGUGUCCCUGGGUCAACGCGGUGGAGAGGGGAGAAGCCCCGGAGGAUCCUGAGAAGGAGCCUGCAAAAGGAGAACCCGGCUGGCAAGUGGUCCUGAGCACACUCCUUUCCAGCAGAAAGUGUGACCGAGUGCCUGAGACAGAGCCUGUGAGCCUUUCGGUGAAAUCCUGCAAAGUGUUCCGCAUUUUCCGCCAGUGGGAAAGCAUCAAUCCCUCCUGAACGGGCUGCAGCCUCCAGGAACCUCAGCCUCGCAGGCAGCACGGGGCAUCGUGUCCAUCCGGCACGGAUCCACUUCACAGCUGUGUGCUGCAAAGGCCAUGGGCCACCCCAGUGCCAAACACAGCCCCCAGCGCCUGCUAGGACCCCCUCCCCAUCCCCAGCUGCCUUCCUGGAAGCUCUUUCUUUUCACAAACUGCUGCUGGAGGCUUUGGACCCCCUCUCUCCCCAAGGCUUCAACAGCCUUGUUUGGAACCGGGGGAUGCGUGGGGUGAGACGUGGUCACCUGGUGAGGGUGACAUCUGCCUGGCUGUGACCCGCCACCAGCAGCAUAGGAAAGCGAUGCCAGGUGGGAAUAAACAUUUCACUUUUAUUUCUUA